CCCCCGGACGACUAGAGGAAGUGGGGGACCUCCACCACCGGAGAAGGCCCGGUACCGACACCUGCUCUGAGCCCAUCCCCCUCGGCCGCUCUGGGCACUUCUCCCCUUAACCUCCUCGGGGGAGGGGCCGUGACCCCGGGCCCGAAUGAAAGGGACUGUGGAGGGCAGGAUGGAGAAGCUGCGGCUCCUCGGCCUCCGCUACCAGGAGUACGUGACUCGUCACCCGGCCGCCACCGCCCAGCUGGAGACGGCAGUGCGGGGCCUCAGUUACCUGCUGGCAGGUCGCUUCGCGGAGUCGCACGAGCUGUCAGAGCUGGUGUACUCUGCCUCUAACCUGCUCGUACUGCUCAAUGAUGGGAUCCUACGGAAGGAGCUUCGGAAAAAGCUGCCUGUGUCGCUGUCCCAGCAGAAGCUGUUAACAUGGCUGAGCGUGCUGGAGUGUGUAGAGGUGUUCAUGGAGAUGGGGGCCGCCAAGGUGUGGGGUGAAGUGGGCCGUUGGCUCGUCAUUGCCCUCAUCCAGCUGGCCAAGGCGGUACUGCGAAUGUUCCUGCUCAUCUGGUUCAAGGCUGGCCUCCAGACCUCACCCCCCAUUGUUCCACUGGACAGGGAGACCCAGGCACAGCCCCCGGAUGGUGAGCCCAGCGGAGGCAGCCAGGAACAGUCAUAUGUGGGGAAACGGUCAAACCGACUGGUGCGAACGCUCCAGAACACUCCGUCCCUGCACUCAAGGCACUGGGGAGCCCCCCAGCAGCAGGAGAGACGGCAGCAGCAGCACCAGGAGGAGCUGAGCAUCACCCCCACUCCGCUGGGGCUGCAGGAGACCAUCGCAGAGUCUUUGUAUAUUGCCCGGCCCCUGCUGCAUUUGCUCAGCCUGGGCCUUUGGGGUCAGCGGUCAUGGAAACCCUGGCUCCUUUCUGGUAUCGUGGAUGUGACCAGUCUGAGCCUCCUGAGUGACAGGAAGGGCCUGACCCGGAGGGAGCGGCUGGAGCUGCGGCGUCGGACCAUCCUGCUGCUCUACUACCUGCUGCGCUCCCCAUUCUAUGACCGCUACUCCGAGGCCAGGAUCCUCUUCCUGCUCCAGCUGCUGGCAGACCAUGUCCCGGGCAUUGGCCUGGUGACAAGGCCACUCAUGGAUUACUUGCCCGCCUGGCAGAAAAUUUAUUUCUACAGUUGGGGCUAACAGACAUCCCAGGAGUGGGGCAUGGGGAGGGGCAGGGGGUGCCUCAGCCCUUCAGUCCCCUGGGGCCCUCUGCCCUAAUAAAACUGACUCUGGCAGUA